AUGCAAGUGCUCAUUGCAGUGCUGAGUUUCAUCGACAUUGUAGCACUCACGUUCCUCAAUGGCUACUGGCUGAUCACUCUGGACGAAUUGGAGCUGGACCAUUUGAACCCGGCAGAUGUCGCCCAGCGUCUGAACAAGCUCGUUUACCCAGAGAUGAUCCUGCACGGCGUCCUCAUGUUCUUUUGUCUCCUGGCAUGGGCUCCGUGGAUCUUCCUGCUCAACCUCCCGAUUGCCGUGUGGCACGCCCGACGUGUCAUGCGCAAGGAACAUCUGAUCGACCCAACGGAGAUUUUACGCUACAAGAAGCUACAGCAAGCACGCGUGGAAUCAAUUGCCAGGACGGUGUUCUAUGGACUGCAGAUCGUCUAUGGCAUGUUCUGGAUGGUGUCAGCUAUCGUAACCUCGGCCAAGAAUCGAAAGAGUAACAAGAGCGCAUAG